AUGGCUCACAAAGAUGAAGACUUUUCAUUGCUCGACGCAAGCAUUUUAGAACUUCAAUCCGCCAUUACUUCCGGAAAGCUUUCCAGCGUCGACCUUGUAUCAAGAUAUCUCCGAAGAAUCAGCGUGUUCGACGCGAACGGCAUCAAACUUAGCGCAAUUCCAAUCAUCAAUCCAACCGCCCUAGACGAUGCCGCGGCGUCUGACGCCCGACGCGCAGCAGGUCUACCACCACGACCACUGGAAGGUAUCCCCUACCUCGCCAAAGACAGCAUCAAAGUCAAGGGCAUGAGCGUCGCAAGCGGAUCACCAGCCUUCGAGACCCUAAUUGCGAAUGAAGAUGCAGCAUGUAUAAAGCUCCUCCGCGACGCCGGAGCAAUCCUCCUAGGCCGGACUAACAUGCCCGCCAUGGCGUACGGUGGCAUGCAGCGUGGGUGUUACGGCCGCGCCGAAAGCCCCUACAACAGCGCAUAUCUGGCAGCAGCAUAUGCGUCAGGCUCAUCGAACGGAUCAGCCGUCGCGACAGCCGCCAACUUCUGUGCGUUUUCUAUCGGCAGCGAGACUGUUUCGUCGGGUCGCUCGCCUGCAUCUAAUAACUCCAUCGUCGCCUAUACACCCUCAAAAGGUCUGCUGCCUCUUCGCGGUGUAUGGCCUUUAUACGCUACGUGUGACGUCUUAGUACCCCAUACCAGAAGUAUGGAAGACAUGUUCCACGUUCUCGACGUCCUGGCCGCAUCGGACCCAACGCCCGAAGGAGAUUUCUAUCAAGAGCAGAAGCUCAUUCCGCUCCCUUCAAUCGAAGAAGUUCGACCGCAGUCGUUCUCAGUGCUCCGAGAUAGUGCUUCCCUGCGCGGAAAGCGAAUCGGCGUGCCAGCGAUGUACAUCGGAGGUGACCAGAUAGCCUUGAACCCCGCUAGCAAAGUCACUACCCGGGCCUCGAUUAUCAAACUCUGGCAGCAUGCAAGGGAGGUACUUGAAGCGUGUGGGGCAGCAGUAAUCGAAACGGACUUUCCACUCGUGACGACUUACGAGUCCCACGCUGACAAAGGCCAGCUUGUCACAGUGGCCGGUCUACCAACUGGCUGGUCGGCCAUGGAGCGAAGCGAGCUGGUCGCGCACAUCUGGGAUGAUUUCCUCGUUCGAAACGGACAGGAGGGCCUCAAUUCCCUGGCGCAGGUUGAUCCGGCUACUAUUUUCCCGCUUGCGCCGCUAUCAUUGAAGGGGACGCCUGAUGCGGCGAAUGCGCUGCGGUGGGACGAGAUGGUCAAGUAUCCGCUUAGCAGACCGGAGUCCAUCUUCGAUAUUCCGGGGUUGAAGGCUGGACUGCAGGCGCUGGAAAGUGCGCGCGAAGAGACGUUCGAGAGGUGGAUGGAGGGGCUUGGGCUUGAUGCUGUGGUUUUCCCGGCUAAUGGCGAUGUGGGAGCCGCUGACGCGGACUGCGAGGAGGUUUCUUCACGCUUUGCUUGGAGUAAUGGGGUCAAGUAUUCUAAUGGGAAUCGGCCGAUCCGGCAUCUGGGUGUGCCUACUAUUUCGAUUCCUAUGGGCGUUAUGGAGGAUACGGGGAUGCCUGUGAACCUUACUUUUGCUGGCAGGGGGUAUGAUGAUAAUAGUUUGCUCAGGUAUGGAUUUGCUUUUGAAAAGGGAAUGAAUGGUCGUGUGAAGCCUUCGUCUGUGCCUGCUCUUGACUCUGAUUGUGUCAGAGCGGGUCGCGACACUUGCUCAUGGACCUCUCGGGUUCCCGUUGAGUUGGUGGUGCAGACGCAGUCGAAGAGGAUUGAGGGCUCUACGGUUAUUGUCCAGAUUGAGGGAUCAGUGGUGCCGAAUGACAUCGAGCUGGAUUCAUUAUCUUGCUAUGUCAAUGGCCAGCCCUUCAAUAUUGUCUCCGAUCGUGAUAGAUGGUUCCUUGUUGCAUCUUAUCCUGCAAGUGAGCGUGAUCAGAGUUGGGAGAGAUGGUCAAGUCCUGCUUUGAACGAGACUAUUGUGAUCGUUACAGCUUGUACAAAGUCUGGUUGGAGGGCUGGGAAACUGAUAUUGCUGUAG